GACCCAAGCAAUUCGACGAUUCCGAUAAAACCCUAAUCACAUCGAAUUCCUCGCACGAGAGGUAUUAUGGGGCUGCUGUCCUGGUGGAAGGGCAAGGGAGCGCAGCCCCCUCGUCCGUCGGCAGCGAAGGGCGACUCCGAGAAGAAGCCCGGGGCGGUGGUCCAGGAGGUCCCCGGGAUGCAUGGGGCGGUGGAGGUACGGAGGCCUGCGGACGUCACGGUUUUCGAGUUCGGCUCGGUGGCGGCUUCGGGCGAUAGGAUGACGCUCGCCGGAUGCUGCCCCGUCUCGGACGAGCUCGAGCCGUGCCGGUGGGAGAUCAUCACGGCCGCCGGGUCCGAUGCCCCGCAGUUCCGCAUAGUCUUCUAGCUGAUUGGUGCAAUCUUGGAAGUCCACCAGAUGAUACCACUAUGUUUGUGAGCAUUAUAGACUUUUUGAAACAUCAAAGUGACAUGGAGUUUCUGAUUUUGCUGGCGAACCUUACAUUUUAGUAUGUAACCAUUAGCUAUCAAGACUAUUUUCAGCUGGGUAAGGUUUAAAGAACUGUUGUCAUUCAUUUGUAUUAUACAAAUAGUAUUACAUGGUUGUUUUGUUUUAU